GGAGCGGCGCGGCGCGGCCGGCACGGCGGCGGCGCCAUCGCCAUGAACGGCGCGGCGAACCCGCUGCUCGACAAGGAGGAGCACCCGCUGCAGCUGGGCGAGAGCUUCGAGCGCCGGCCCAAGGCCUCCUUCCACACCAUCCGCUAUGAUUUUAAACCAGCAUCGAUUGAUACAUCGUGUGAAGGGGAGCUCCAGGUUGGUAAAGGAGAUGAAGUAACGAUCACCUUGCCACAUAUUCCGGGUUCAACUCCACCCAUGACUGUGUUUAAAGGAAAUAAAAGGCCAUACCAGAAGGACUGCGUGCUUAUUAUCAAUCAUGACACUGGCGAGUAUGUACUGGAAAAACUCAGCAGCAGCAUUCAAGUGAAGAAAACGAGAGCGGAGGGCAGCAGUAAAAUCCAGGCCCGAAUAGAACAGCAGUCUGCCCGAGCCUCUCAGCCUCCACCACAGUUCAGAGCCCCAACCAAGCCAGCAGUUGGACCUAAAACUUCUCCUUUGAAGGACAACCCUUCACCUGAGCCUCAGCUGGACGACAUUAAGAGAGAGCUGCGAGCGGAGGUGGAAAUCAUCGAGCAGAUGAGCAGCAGCAGCGGGAGCAGCUCGUCGGGCUCGGAGAGCUCCUCGGGGAGCGAGGAGGAGAGCUCCAGCAGCGAGGGGGAGGAGGCGGCGCGCGCGUCGCCCUCGCAGCCGCCGCCGCAGCACUACAACAGCCGGGGCGCCGUGGCCAACGGCACGGGCCGGCCCCAGGGAAGCACCCAGCUCAUGAACACGCUCCGAAAUGACUUGCAGUUGAGUGAGUCUGGAAGCGACAGUGACGACUAGAGCCUGAGCUUUCCCUCAUUCUCACAAAGAACUGAUUUACUUUGCAGUGGUCCUGUUGCUUAUGAAGAGGAGCUGGCGCAGGGAUAGUUUCAUGAGUGAAAUUUUAAUGGAAGAAACGCAUCACCCUCCAAACUAUCAAAUGCUGAAGGCAGUUUUACUUGGUGUAUUAAGUGUAUAUUUUGUGUAUAUUCUUAUUCUUUAAAGUUUUAAAUAGAUAUGUACAGUGAGUAAGCGAAUAUAAGUUCCUGUCUGUCCCUUAUCUGUAAGCUUGAUGUGUAGCCUUUUGCAGUCAUCUCAAAAUUUCUUCUUUGUAGAAGAAAUUCAGAAACAUUGUGACUUGUCCAGGGAAUUUUUGUAUAUAGGGUGAGCAUUAGCCAACAGUGAGCUUAAGAAAAACAUACAGGAGCUCAAGUGUGCAUUGAAGUGGGAUUGUCAUAAAUUAAGUUUCAACUCUAAGUAGAUUUCUCCAGUAGAUUUGGGGCUUUUCUAAUGUCUUUUUAUUGCUAUUUAUGGUCGGUUUGAUGGACAUAGUUUUAAACAGUUGGAAAAGAGAAAUCAUAAAACUUUGUUCAUCACAAACCUUGCAGCACCAGUGCCUUAUAGCAGGUUUUUUUUAAUAGAGCUUGAAUUCCUCCCACCUUUCACAUAAGGAGCAAUACAGAAAACUCUUCAGGAUGUUUCUGCAAACAAGAACUAUAUUUCACACACAGGCCGAGUGCGCUUUGAGAGCUGUUGCUCCAGCUGCGUGAGACACACACACACAUCAGGUACCUAAACUCAUCUAAAUAAGAACCAGAGCAGCAUCUUUCUCAUGCAACUGCAGUUUCCUGUUCAACUCAGAUGUUCAGACCCAGAUCUUCAGAAAUAUUUAGGAGACAGAUUCUUGGUGAAACUGCAGUGUCUCAGAUCCAAGACAUGGGACUUCAUGUAGUUUGAGACCGUAGCCCUCUUUGCAGUUUCCUAGAGAGUGCAGAAGGAAGAUGGAACUCAACAGCAGAUGGUGAAACAGAAGUCUCUCCCCCACUGCAGUUGCUCAGGUAGACUUUAGUUCAUAUUUAUUGCAUGGGAGAAAACAAGAAAUACUCUCAGAGGGUGAAAGUCACCUCCAUAUAAUGGAGUUUAAAGGAAUAUCGUUAAUUUUCUUGCUCCCAUGGAAAAGGGAGCUGGUACACAGGGCUGACUUUUUAAACCUCGAGCUCUAGUAGCAAAGGCCAAGUGACCUGUAAGUUCUGGAGCAAUUCAGAAGAAGGCAAAGCUGAGUGGGAUGCCUAAAUGUCUGCUUUAUGCAGCUUCUGUUUGUCUGGUUUUUAACUCCUGUCUGUUUACUGAGCUCUCUUUUCUUUUUUUUUUUUUUCUUUUUUUUUCUUUAGGUGUUGAAGAGCAAGGGGACAUUUGAAGGGAGAUUUUUAUUAAAGGGUUUAUUUUUUUGCAUUAGAUAUGUAUUUAGGCAUAUUUUUGCAUCCUUGUACGUAUGUUUAAGAAUACUUGUUUUUUUUAAAGUGUUUUAUGACGUGGGUACAUAUUUUAACAUACAAUUAUGAAAUACACUUGAUGUAAAGUUACGAGUGAUCUGAUUUCUUUCUUUCUCUCCUUCUCUGAGCGAGCCGCUGCUCUGUGCUGCCAAGCUCUGCCCCUUGGAAAUUCUGCUCUUUGGGGCCAGAGAUCUGCUGCUGCCUGCUGGUCUGCAGCCCCAUUAACAGUGAUCCUGCUCCUGACUUUCCCCCAGCUUCAGAUACGGAUAAACAGGGAGCUGGCUGGUCGCUGCUGCCAUUUCCCUGGUGCUGGAGCACAUCCUUGAGGUUUGGUGGGGUUGCUGCUGUAUUUCAGCAGCAGUGCAGUGUCUUCUCUCUUUGUCAUUACCUGAUUCUGAAAUCCAGCAUUUUUCCAUGCAUGUGGAUGCUGGAUCCCAGUGGCUGGCUGGCUGAUUUACAUCCAUAAGUAGAGAUUAGAGACACAGCCUCACCUCUGGGUUUAACCGGGGUCCUGAACUGCAGUGUGGCACACACUGAAAAGCAGUAAAUGCUGCUGAGCUCUUUCUAUUAGAUAGUUGCCCAAUUUCUAUUAUGUAGUUGACUUGUGGCUUGUGUUUUGCAGCAAGUUCCUUUCAUGUGGAAAUUGGAAUUCAAAUAGCUGCCAAAAAGGGGUUGUUUAGGGUUCUUUUAAUUCAUUGACUGGCAAUGUCUUAAUUGCUCUUGCAAAAAAAUAAGUUGACUAAAAAAUGUUUUGAUUAAACCUGUUAAUGAAACAGCAUCAUUGAUUAUUUCUGAUAGAUUCUGAUCUUGGAGGAAUUCAGAACUAACAGACCUUAGCAUCUCAUGGAAAUUUUUUAUACAAAAAAAAAGAGUUUUUUUU